AUGAAAGGUCCCCGGGAGGAGAUUGUGUAUGUGCCCUGCAUCUACAGGAACACUGGGAGGAAUAAACCCGACUUUCUGGCCACCGUGGAUGUCAACCCCAACUCUCCACACUAUUGCCAGGUGAUCCACCGCCUGCCCAUGCCCAACCUGGGGGACGAGCUGCACCACUCGGGGUGGAACGUCUGCAGCAGCUGCUUCGGGGAUGCCACCAAGAAGCGGAACCGCCUGAUCCUCCCCAGCCUGAUCUCCUCCCGCAUCUACGUGGUGGACGUGGGAACCGACCUGCGAGCUCCCAGGCUCUUCAAGGUUGUCAACCCAGAGGACGUCUUCUGGAAGUGCAACCUGGGCUACCCCCAUACCUCCCACUGCCUGGGCAGCGGUGAAAUCAUGAUCAGCACCCUGGGAGACCCAGCCGGCAACGGGAAAGGCGGCUUUAUUCUGCUGGAUGGAGAGACCUUUGAGAUCAAGGGGAACUGGGAGAAAGGGGACAAGACUCCCCCAAUGGGUUAUGACUUCUGGUACCAGCCACGCCAUAAUGUCCUCAUCAGCACCGAAUGGGGCAUCCCGAAAUGCCUGGGAUAUGGAUUUGACCCAAACGAUCUGAAGAAAGGGCGCUACGGCCGCCGCCUCAACGUGUGGGACUGGACCACUCACGCCUACAUCCAGGCCAUCGACGUGGGCGAGGACGCGGCCCCCCUGGAGAUCCGCUUCCUCCACAAUCCCGACGCCGCCGAGGGCUUCGUGGGCUGCACCAUCAGCAGCGCGAUCCACCACUUCUACAAGACCGAGCGAGGAGACUGGGCGGCCGAGAAGGUGAUCCAAGUCCCCAGCAAGAAGGUGGAGGGAUGGCUCCUCCCAGACAUGCCAGGCUUCAUCACCGACAUCCUCAUCUCGCUGGACGACAGGUUCCUGUACUUCAGCAACUGGCUGCACGGAGACGUCCGCCAGUACGACAUCUCCGACACCCACAAGCCCAAGCUGGUGGGGCAGGUCUUUGUGGGUGGCAGCAUCAGCAAGGGAGGACCUGUGACCGUGUGCAGGGAUGAAGAGCUGCAGAGCCAGCCGGACCCGUUUUUCAUCCAGGUGAGCUUGGCCAUCUCCCCAAAAUCCCCGCCCGGGCAGCGGUGCCCGGACGGGACGAGGCUGUACGUCACCACGUCCCUCUACAGCGCCUGGGACAGGCAGUUCUACCCUGACCUCAUCAAGGACGGCUCCGUCAUGCUGCAGCUGGACGUGGACACGGAGCGGGGCGGCCUGGCCGUCAACAGGCGCUUCCUGGUGGAUUUCGGGAAGGAGCCCGGCGGGCCCUGCCUGGCGCACGAG